ACAAGAAACUCUACACAUCAAGAUGCCCAAUCCACUGUGGUUUGUUUUCUGGCUGCUGGUCUUCUGGUUCGUCUCCUUCUUCGUGGCCUUCUUCUGCGCCUUCUUCUACAUCUGGGUCUAUGCAUUUGCCUCCUGCAUACCCGCCCUGUCGGGCGUCGCGGAUAUGCUGCUCCAGGGCGUGCAGUUUCCGUUCUUCUGCGGCAAGGCCAUGUUGGAGGGAAAGCCGGCCUUCUAGAUCCAGUCUUACUUACAUAUAUGCUUACAACUAAGUGAAUAAUUUAUAACACUUGCUUUGGAAAAUCUUUACAAUUAAAUGUAAUUAAUUACUUUUUAUAAAA